AUGUUUUGUAUUCACAAAAAUUUGUUGUUACAAACAAUUGUUCGUCAAUAUAGUUCGUCGAAAAAAGAUGGGAAGCCCAUACGAAACUAUUUAAAACAAAACUCAAAAUUUUUGGAUUCGUUGAGAAUACAUGUGAAAGGUGGAAAUGGUGGUUUUGGUUUUCCCCGGUACGGUGGUGAGGGUGGUAAAGGAGGCGAUGUCUGCUUUGUAGCUACAGAAGGUAUGACACUGAAGGAUUUUUUGAAAAAAUAUCCACUGAAAAAAUUACGUGCAGAAAUGGGUGGUAAUAGUCAUUCUAGACGUAUUCUUGGUCAAAUCGGCGAAGACAAAAAAGUAAAUGUACCUACUGGCAUCACUGUUUAUGAUGAUAAAAAUGUGUUAAUUGGUGAAUUAAACGAGCCAGAUUCUGAAUUAAUAGUUGGCAAAGGUGGAGUUGGAGGCAACAACACAAAUGGAUAUAGUGGUUUAAAAGGGGAAAGCAAAUCUAUUAAACUUGAACUUAAAUUAAUUGCUGAUAUUGGUCUUGUUGGUUUUCCAAAUGCUGGAAAAUCUACAUUGCUGAAAGCUAUUUCUAAUGCUAAACCUAAAAUUGCUUCUUAUCCUUUCACAACCAUAAGACCCAAUAUUGGUGUUAUGACUUACGACGACUUGCGACAAAUAUCAAUGGCAGACUUACCAGGACUUAUAGAAGGAGCUCAUUGUAAUAUUGGAAUGGGACAUAGAUUUCUUAGACAUGUAGAGAGGACAAAAUUACUUCUCCUUGUUGUUGAUAUUAACGGUUUUCAAUUAAAUCCCAAGCAUAAGUUUCGGUCAUGUUUGGAUACAGUAGUUUUGCUAAAUAAAGAACUUGAGUUAUAUAAAGAAGAACUACUAGAUAAACCUGCUAUGUUAAUAAUUAACAAAAUGGACACUGAAGGUGCUAAUGAGAAAUAUUUAGAGAUCAAAAAUCAAUUAGAACAUUUAGAUGAUACAAUUAUGUCAUAUUCUGAUGAAAUAAAACCAUCUAAAGCUAUUAAGUUUGAUAAAAUUUUAAAGAUAUCAGCUAAAGAUCAACCAGAUGAUGUGCAACGAGUAAAAUCAAUGGUUCGUGAACUCUUAGAUAUCAAUGAAGAAUUAAACAAUAAUAUAGAAUACAAAUCUUUAAAAAAUAUCAAAGAACAACUAAUGGAACGUGGUCCUGUGCUGAUCUAA